UCCAUUUGUCCAUAUUAUUUUGUUGAAUAAAGUCAAUGGAAACGUCUGCAGCUGAUAUUGCACCUUAUAAUAAAUGCAACGGAGUAACAGAUUUGAGAGAAGAACUUUUAGAACUUAUUGCAGAGUUGAAAGCUAAUAAGCAAAGAAAGAUUGCGGAUCCUAGUGCAUUAUGUACUGCUGCAUUUAGUCUAACUAAUUUUCUAUUAGCAGUGGUUCAAUUGAAGCUGGUUCCAGCCUCUUUCCUACAGAUUGUUGCUCCACAAGCUCUCUUUUAUGGCGGCGCUGUUCAGUUUGUCUAUGGACUGGUGUGUUGUUUCACGAACAAUAUGUUUGGUGUUAUGGUAUAUCCUUCAUUUGGUGCAUUUUGGAUUGCCUUGGGCUUUCUUAUAACUAUGGAAGGUGAAAAAGUGUACGUGUUCGGUGGAAAUGAAGGAAAUCAUGCUCUCGGUUUCCUCCUAGUUGGCUGGCUUAUCUAUUCCAUCUUCUUAUGGAUUGCAACCUUUACACAUCAUGUCGCAGCAGUGGGAGCAUUUACGUCUCUUGUUAUUAUGCUUAUUUUGUACAUACUUGCAGACUUUGGUGUUAUUCAUAGCACAAUACCUGGUGGAAUCUUUGGUUUAUCACUGUCUGGAUUUGGCUGGUAUGUAGCAUUGGCAGUGUUGGUUAAUGACAAUUGUGGAUGUACUGUCUUUCCUUUGGGUGAGUUUAAUAGAAUUCCAUUUCUGGACAGGACAGGAAAAAUGUUUCGUUCUCGUUGACUGAAUAAAAAUGACUGACAUUGU